GAUUAGACCUAUAGGCUACUAUGACUUGGAAAUGGGUCUGGAAGUAUGGUAAAAGUCCUGUAGUGUGAGCUUUGCCGGUGAUCGUUGAAAGGAAUGUCGCAAGUUGUUAUUUAUUUAUUGACUAGCGCUAGAUAGGAUUUAAUUUGCAUUUGACGCAUUUCUAGGAAACAUUUGCCUUGGAACCCCUGUGGUAAUUACUAUGCAAUGUAAAAACAUUUCAACCGGAGAUGGAUAUUAUAAAUACCCCUGGUCUCUGCCUCCGGGUAAAGUGUGUAAAGAUCUUGAAGUCUACGCCGACAAUCAGCCGAUACUACUGGCCAAACAUCCUAACGCAACACUCCCUAAACUAACACAGUGUCGAAACCUGACUGUGAGAUGCAUCUACGAAAUGAAUGGCACUGCAAAUGUGGAUGAGAUCUGCAGGGAAUUUGUCACCGAUUCAGAUGCUUCCUCUUUAUCAGACCCAGAAAGACCUAAACAACAGUUAAACAACACAAGUGAACAGACUGACACGGACUCAGUGAAAAAUCAAACAUCAAACAUGGAUCAAAGUAACCAGCCAGCUGCGGUUAGUGUUGGUGUGCCGUUGGCGGUGGUGCUACUGCUGUUGGUGCCGUUGGCGGCGUUGGCGGUGUGGCUCUGUCGACGAAAAAAGAAACAGACGGUCAGGACUGAAGACGGGGCUCUCCCUGAGCAGACUGCGGCACAACCUGAAGCACAAUCACUGCUAAGUGGAACCAGUAGAUUUCGUCCGGGGGCUUUUUCUGCUGACUACAGCGCUGCUACAGAUGAUGUGACCGUGACCAUGCCAGAUGCCUUUGGAGGGAAAACACGUUUGAAUGGAGAUUGUAAAGAUUGAGGGCGAAAAUUGUAUUGAAGUAUUGGCUUUGGCCCGGCCACACAGUCUUGUACGUUUGGUCCGACCGUCCAGACAAACCCGGAAUUUCUCUACGAAUUUUCUUUUUUGCAUAGGAAAUUCCCUUCCUAUGGAGAUCACCCCGGAAGUGCUUGGAGGAAAGGUGGUUCGAAUUCUAAAAAUGCUCAAAUUCUAAAAGGAGCCUUGAUGCUUCCUUUAACCCUCCUUUAUACUCCUGAGCUUCCUUUGCGAAAGGAAAGGAGAUAGUGGUAUCCCAUAUUCCUUUACCGCGGCAAUAUUUAAAGCAACAUGCCAUCGACGAAGUUAACCGACUCUACGCAAAGACGCAUGAGAGAUGCGGGAAAGCAGAAGAAUAGAAGAGAAGAAAAUACAAUUGAUGAUAACGGAUACCAAUUCCAGAAACAUAAUUAUUUGAAUACAAAUGAAUUCAUUUAUUGCUGGUUAGUAAGCACAUAAAAUGCACCAUAAGAAAAGAAAAUGCCAACUACACACCAACCCUACCAGCUGGGCAUAGUUCGAUUUCCGUCAAAUUUGUUUGAUUUGAUUUGUAUUAUUUUUGUAGUUUUUAAAUACAGCCCCUUGGUAAAUGAAUUAUUAACUGUACAUUAAAA